AAUUACGUGUAUGUGUGUGUGAAGUUGACAUCCAAGUUGGAGGUUAAGAUAUUGCUUCUAUAUAAAUAGGCCCCAAGGCUAACUUGUUUAAGCACACAUUGGUUGAGUGGCAAUAAGUGAGAGAGAGAGAGAGAGUUAUUGAUCAAUUCAAAACUCCAAUGGCGAUUCCGGUGAUUGAUUUCUCGAAGCUCAACGGGGAAGAGAGGGCCAAAACUCUGGCUGAGAUUGCUACUUGCUGUGAGGAGUGGGGAUUCUUUCAGUUGAUCAACCAUGGAAUAUCCGAGGGGCUGCUGGAGCGGGUGAAGAAGGUGGCGUCGGAGUGUUACCGGGUGGAGCGAGAACCCGGUUUCAAGAACUCGAAACCGGUUCAACUGCUGAAUGAGCUGUUGGAGAAGAAGAGUGAUGGGAGAGUUGAGAAUGUGGAUUGGGAGGAGGUGUUCCUCCUCUCCGAUGACAACUCUCAUGAUUGGCCAUCAAGGACCCCAGGAUUCAAGGAGACAAUGAAGGAAUACAGAGUUGAGCUGAAGAAGCUAGCAAUCAAGGUGAUGGAGGUGAUGGAUGAGAAUCUAGGGUUAGAAAGGGGCUACAUCAACAAGGCCUUGAAUGGUGAAGAUGCAGCCUUCUUUGGCACCAAGGUGAGCCACUACCCGGCCUGCCCCCACCCGGACAGGGUGAACGGCCUCCGGGCCCACACGGAUGCCGGGGGGGUCAUCCUCCUCUUCCAAGAUGAUCAGGUGGGUGGCCUCCAGAUCUUGAAAGAUGGGGUGUGGGUGGAUGUGCAGCCCAUCAAGAAUGCCAUUGUGAUCAACACUGGUGAUCAGAUUGAGGUGCUGAGCAAUGGGAGGUACAAGAGCGUCUGGCACCGGGUCCUGGCCCGCUCUGAUGGCAACCGGAGGUCCGUUGCCUCGUUCUACAACCCCUCCUACAAGGCCACCAUUGAGCCAGCGCCUGAGCUGCUGGCGGCCGAGGACGAGGACGAGGAGGGUUCAUCAGCACCUAAGUAUCCUAGGUUUUUGUUUGGGGACUACAUGUCGGUUUAUGUUGAGCAGAAGUUUCUACCUAAGGAGCCAAGAUUUAAUGCUGUGAAAGCAGUUUAGGAAGUGAUCAAUUUGAUUUAUGGAGUGCUUGUUUUUAUUUGAGUUUCUUUUGUAAUUCUAUUGUAGUUGUAGGGGUGGAGUUAAUUAGGUGCGUGCGUAAUUUGAGUCCCUAAAGCAAAAUGCUUUGUUGGGAGGCUAUCCCUAUUCUUGUGAAGAAGAUUGGUAGGGGUAUAACCGUCUUCUUUUUCGUUUCUAAUGUUAAGUAAAAUAUGUCUCCACAAAU